UGCGCAGACAUCAACCGCCAAAUAGCCGGGCGCUUUGAACACAGUGCCAAUGUAACUAUUUUAUCAUUAUUUUGGGACUAAAUUUCAGAUAUACAAAAUGUAUAUCAAGGAAAUAAUCGUCGAUGGCUUUAAGUCGUAUGCCCAGAGGACUGAAAUUAAGGGAUUUGACCCCCUUUUCAACGCAAUUACUGGAUUGAACGGCUCUGGAAAAUCAAACAUCCUCGAUUCGAUCUGUUUUCUGCUGGGCAUCUCAAAUUUAUCACAGGUUCGAGCUGGCAGCCUACAAGAACUGGUAUACAAGGGAGGUCAAGCUGGUGUCACAAAAGCAACUGUCACAAUCGUCUUUGACAACAAAGACAAGAAGCAGAGUCCAGUGGGAUAUGACAGCUUUGAUGAAUUCACAGUCUCAAGACAGGUUGUAAUUGGUGGCAGGAACAAGUACCUGAUCAAUGGCAGCAAUGCAAACAACAGCAGAGUACAGGAUCUCUUCUGCAGUGUUCAACUCAAUGUCAACAAUCCACACUUUCUCAUCAUGCAGGGGAGGAUUACCAAAGUACUAAACAUGAAACCUCCAGAGAUCCUGUCCAUGAUUGAGGAAGCUGCUGGGACACGCAUGUAUGAGAACAAGAAGGCUUCUGCUCAGAAGACCAUCGAGAAGAAAGAUGCUAAGCUCAAAGAGAUUGAAUCUGUGUUAAACGAAGAGAUCACUCCCACCCUGACCCGUCUCAACGAGGAGCGCUCCUCCUACCUGGAGUAUCAGAAGGUCUUGAGGGAGCUGGAUCACUUGACCAAGCUCCAUGUGGCAUACCAGUUUGUUUCCGCUGAGAAGCUCUCCAAGGAGUCUGAGCAGGAGCUGGGCAAGAUCGCAGAGGCAACCACCGCCAUGAGACAGAGGAUGAAAGAGAUUGAUGACAAACUUUUGGAGCUGACAAAUACAAUCCAGGCGUUGGAGAAGGAGAGGGAUGAAGAGGCAGGAGGGGUCCUGAAGGAGAUAGAGAAGCGUCUCGUGGAGGCGCAGAACAGUGACACCAAGAUACAGAGUUCGCUGCAACACAAGAAAGAGGCCGUCACCAACGAGAAGAAGAAUAAGAAAGCCGUUGAAAAGAGCUACACAGAGGAUCAAGCUACGUUGAAAGCCAAGGAGAAGGAGAUCGAGAAGCUCACUGGAAGUUUCACCAAGCUAGAAGAGAAAUGCAAGGAGAAUCAGGAGGGUGUGGCUCAAGCACAGAAGCACCUCCAGGCCGUGUCUGCUGGGCUCUCUAGCAACGAAGAUGGGGAGGAUAAGACCCUUGCUGAUCAGCUUAUGACUUGCAAGGCGGAGAUGAAGGCUGCUGAGACGAACCUGAAGCAGGCUCAGAGCACGCUGAAGAGCGACCAGGCUGAGCUCAAGAAGAAGGAGGCAGAACUCAAGAAGACUGCCAAGGAGUAUGAGAAGGACAAGGCAAACAUGGAGACAGUGCUCAAGAGCAAGACAAAACUUGAGGAUGAGAUGAAGAAGCUUGGCUUUGAAGACGGCAAGGAAGAUGACCUUGAGAACCAACACAAGACGCUCUCAGCCAAGGUCGAUAACCUUUCAGAUAAGGUCAACGCACUCACAUCAAGAUUCCCUAAUCUUCAGUUUGAAUACAAGGAUCCCGAGAAGAACUUUGACCGUUCCAAGGUGCAUGGUCUGGUGGCUAGACUGUUGAAGGUCAAGGAUGUCAAGUAUGCCACAUCCUUAGAGGUCACCGCAGGAAGGAAGCUCUACAAUGUGGUGGUAGAUACAGAACAUACAGGCAAGAAGCUGCUACAGAAGGGAGAGCUGAAACGCCGCUUUACCAUCAUACCGCUCAACAAGAUAGCAGCUAGAUCCAUCUCAGGAGAUACAGUCAGAGCAGCACAAAACCUGGUUGGUAAAGACAAUGUUCGCACCGCCCUGACCCUCGUUGGGUAUGAGAAGGAUGUCCAGUCAGCCAUGGAGUUUGUCUUUGGAUCUAGUCUGGUCUGUAAUGACACGGCACAUGCUAAGAAGGUGACCUUUGACCCCAAGGUCAGGACAAGGACAGUGACCCUUGCUGGUGACACCUUUGACCCAUCAGGAACCUUGACUGGAGGUGCUCGUAACAACAGUUCCUCUGUGUUGCGUAAGCUUUCAGAGCUUCAGGAGGCUGAGGAAGCUCUAUUUGUUGAGCAAGAGAAACUCAAUGCUGUCAAGAAAGAAUUGACCAAGAUUAAAGGAUCCGCAGACAAGAUGCGAGCCCUGAAGGAUCAAUAUGAUCUGAAGGUCCAUGAGGCUCAGCUCUUAGAAGAGAGAUUGAAACAAGGCACACAUCACAGCAAGCUGGAAGAAAUCAAUGCACUCAAAGCCUCAGUCGAAGAGCAGGAUAAGAUGAUCGGUGAUGCCAAGACCAAACAGAAGGAGACGACAGAGAGGACCAAGAACCUUGAAGAGAAGAUCAAGGAUGCUUCGGCCGUGAGGGAGAGAGAACUCAAGACGGCUGAACAGGAGGUUACCAAGUCUAAGAAGAAGGCAGAGGAGACCAAUAAACAAAUGAAACAGAAACAACAGGAGAUGAACAGUCUCAAGUUUGAGGUGGAUAACCUGAAGCAAGAACUGACCAAGUAUGAUGACCAGCUGACCGCCAGUGACCAGGCCAUUGAAGCCAUCCAGGCUCAGCAGGAAGAGAUGGAACAGCAGGCCAAGGAGUCAAAGGUCAAGGUGAAGGAGACCAAGAAGGAGCUUGAUGGACAGAAGGAGAAGCUGAAAGAGAAGAACCAAGACAUCCAGACGAAGAUCAGCGAGAGGGAGGCACUGAAGAAAGAAGACCAGGACACUCAGCUUCAGAUCAAAGAACAGGAGCAUGUCGCAAAUAAGAUCACCAGAGAUAGUGCGGAUGCUGUACACAGGGUCGAGAAUCUCAUGACCAAAUACGAAUGGAUAGCCUCAGAGCGGCAGUUCUUCGGGCAGCCCAACACCGCCUAUGACUUCAGCAGCUCGGACCCCAGGGAGAAUGGACGCAGGCUGCAGAAGCUCCAGGAGACCAAGGAGAAGCUUGGAAAGAGUGUUAACAUGAGGGCCAUGAACAUGCUCAGCAAGGCAGAGGAGAAGUACAAUGAGCUGAUGAAGAAAAAGCGAAUCGUUGAGAAUGACAAACAGAAGAUCAUGGAUACCAUCAAAGAGCUGGAUGAGAAGAAGAAUGAAGCACUCAAGAAAGCCUGGCAACAAGUCAACAAGGACUUUGGAUCCAUCUUCUCCACCCUGCUGCCCGGUACAUCGGCCAAGCUGACCCCACCAGAGGGCAAGGGUAUCCUGGAUGGACUGGAGGUCAAGGUGGCCUUUGGGGAUGUCUGGAAGGAGAGUCUGCAGGAGCUCAGCGGAGGUCAAAGGUCUCUGGUAGCCCUGUCUCUGAUCCUGUCACUACUGCUCUUCAAGCCCGCUCCUCUGUACAUCCUGGAUGAGGUUGAUGCUGCUUUGGAUCUCUCUCACACACAGAACAUUGGUCAGAUGCUCAGGACUCACUUCAAACACUCACAGUUCAUUGUGGUGUCCCUCAAGGAUGGAAUGUUCAACAAUGCCAAUGUUCUCUACAAGACCAAGUUUGUUGACGGUGUAUCCACGGUAACACGCUAUGCCCAGCAGCAGUCGUCUCUCCCGCCAUCCGUUCCUGCAUCCUUCGCCCGUGGCAAGAGCACCACCACGAAGAAGACAUCGGCAAAGAGAGCAAGGACAGAGCCCCUGACAGAGAAGACAAACUGAUUCUAUAUUGUAGUAGCCUUCUUGAUAUACCAGGGGGAUGUUUCACAAAGAUCCUAAGUUGAACUUAUCUUUAAGUUGGACUUAACUGUUAUGGAAAGCCGUUAGCAGCUUUGAAA